GAAAAAGGAAGAAAACGUUUAAUAGCUUUCUUCUUCAUAAUAUAUUACCGGAGAGUCGAGGGCACUCAUUUCCCCCAGAAUUACUGUUUUUGCCUACUUUGGAAGAUGGCUGUCGCUAAUCUGCAGAGAUUCGCUUCCCGUAUCGCACGAAACCCUUCAAUUUUCUCAAUAACCCGAUCUUCCGCCACGUCAUCCUCAUCUCCAACCCGCACCGGAUCCGCCAAAGUCUCGGAUCGUAUCGUCAAGCUCUUCGCCGUUGACCCUGAAGGUCAUAAACGUGAAAUCAUCGGACUUUCGGGUCAAACUCUUCUCAAAGCCCUAACUAAUCACGGGUUAAUCGACCCGGAUUCACAUCGCCUUGAAGAUAUCGACGCGUGUUCCUCUGAGUGUGAGGUGCAUAUUGCUCAGGAAUGGCUUGAGAAGCUUCCAGAAGCUACUUAUGAUGAACAGUAUGUGUUGAAGAAGAAUUCUAGGGCUAGGGUUUUGAACAAGCAUUCAAGGUUGGGUUGUCAGGUUGUGAUUUCACCGGAGCUUCAAGGAAUGGUUGUUGCAAUUCCUGAGGCUAAGCCAUGGGAUAUCCCAUAAAAAGUACAUGCGUAAAGGAUGAGAUGAUAAAAAAGGUGGAAUUGGAAAUAAAAAGCUGAACUUCUUGGUUGGAUUUUGGCAACUUAAUGAUCAACUCAAUCCGAUGACCAGCUUGCAAGAAAGAAUUGUACUGGCACAUCUCAUCACCAUUUAAAGUUUUAAAAAUGGCAACUUGUAAUAUGCUUGCAUAUUUUUUAAUUGAGUUUCCCAGUUGCUUGGGAUCUUGUUCUGGUGCUUAUCUAUUUCAGUAGUGCUGGAUUCUUUUUCUGUUUUUCUGAAUACUUGGAGCAAACACACUCUUUGUUGAAUGGAGGUGAGUGCAAGGGCUUCUUUGGU